AUGCAUUCUACGGAGGCACAGCAGACAGCACAUGCGAUGGACGGCACCCAUGGAAGCAUCCAUGGCCUUUCACAAAAACUCAAGUCCAUGGGAUGCCGUCGGCCAUUGGCAACAAUGAGGGCACGACGAGGAGAACGAAGACCAACUUGGAUAUUUUUGAUACAUAUACUAUUAGUUGCCGUCUUGAAGGCAAAUGGAUUUCAAACAAGUCCUAAAACUUACCACACGUACCGUGCGAAUCAAAUUGAAUCUAGGGAAUGGCACCAUCCAGGCGAUCGUAUUGCUUUGCAUGCCAAAAGGGGAGCACCCUCAAGGACUGCGGAAAUAGAAGAUCAGCGCAAGAAAGCAAUCCGCUUGAGACUCAAAAUGACAAAGGAAGAGAUCGAUAGCCUCAUUCAGAGAGAGCCUACCAGGUUGCUGAGACUGGCGGAAGAAAACACUGCGCAAACAACGGACUGGAUCCAGGAAUAUCUAGAUAUUAAUGACAAGACACUCAAGAAGAUUGUCAUUGCAUGUCCGUCCAUCUUGGGCUAUCGUAUCACAACACUAGAGGGGAAAAUGAAAUACUACCAAGAAACCCUUGGCUGGAGUAUCAAGGACCUCACAAAAGUCAUGGCCAUGCCCACCAUUCCCAUUAUGACUUAUUCAAUUGAAGAAAACAUUGAGCCAAAACUACAGUGGUUUAGAAAUACAUUCAAUGCUACGAUUGAUGACAUUUCCAAGGUCUUUAUGAAGAACCCCGUCGUUCUUCAUGCUAGCCAGAAUGACAUGGGUGAAAGACUAGAAUUCCUCCAGGACCAGUUGGCACUCAAUUCAACCGAAGCAAAAUGGAAAUUGGUUUGUACAUCUCCAGGAAUCUUGGUUCUCACCAAGGACCUAUUGGAGAAGAAGAUAUUGUGGUUCCAAUCAUCUUCUCUUGGCCUCACAAAAAGCCAGGCAGCCAAUGUGAUCAGAAAGCAACCCAAAUUGCUCACCAUGAGCAUCAAAAGCAAUUUGGAGCCUACAGUGAAAUGGCUUAACCAUCGCUUUGGUCAGACUGAAACCAAAAAACUGGUUACAGUCCAACCAUCCAUUCUUGGAUUUAGCAUACACAGCAAACUUGAGCCACAGGCGGACUAUAUCCAAGGAACAUUCGGACUCAAUGAGACCGAGCUCUCAAAUAUGGUGUACAAAUAUCCUGCAAUACUGGGCUAUAAACAAACCAGCAUGGGGGAAAAGAUACAGUUUUACACAACAUGUGUUGGAUCAAGACCUGAGACACUUGAAUUUAUCAGCAGAAAUCCACGUUUACUGAGUGCUAGCCUUGAUAAUCGGCUGAUUCCAAGGUGGGAACAAGUAUUGGAGUUUGCGCUGCCAGAACGUGGGUUCACAGUGCCAAUAAGCUCCCUUGCAUCACUCACCAAUCCAAAAUGGGAGAAAUACUUGGAAAAGAGAAAAGGCUGA